UUCUAGAUUCCCCGAAGUUGUGCAUGAGUUCCUGUGGGAAGAGUCGGCAUCGUGGAAAGCAUCGAUGAUUGUGAUGCCGUUUUUUGAAAUGUGGAUAACAGGAAGCGUCAAGACAAUCAUGUCCAUGAGAAUGCUAAACCAUUCAGAUCAUUUUAUCUUAGUGAAACUGGCAACUGAACUUUACUCUAGUUGAUGGGCAAAAUUUCUCCCAGGCUAUUCAUCACAAUUUCAUGCUAGUUGAAAAUAUUCAAAUGCCAUAAGAAAUCUUUAUAGAUUUGCACUUAGCUUUUGGAUGGACAUUUCUACAAUGGAGAGAACUGUGUUAUAACCCUGGUCCAAGGACAUUACCAUCGAAUGCCCAUAAGACUACGGGGUGGGUGUGGAAGGUUCCAAAGAGAAGGAGCAAUCAGCAAGUUUGCAGACACCCUGGAACAUGGAAGUAAACAAGCUCUGAAAAGCACAGCUUUGAAGACACUCCAUGAGUCUGCACGGCUUUCAAGUGAACUAGCACUUAAGACCUUGUAACAAAAUGGACACCGGGGACACAGCUCUUGGACAAAAAGCUACCUCAAGGUCUGGAGAAACUGAUAAGGCAUCAGGUAGAUGGAGACAGGAACAAUCAGCUGUUAUUAAGAUGAGCACUUUUGGCAGCCAAGAAGGACAGCGGCAACCACAAAUAGAUCCUGAGCAAAUUGGAGACACAGCAUCAGCACAACUUUUUGGUUCUGGGAAACUGGCCUCACCUAGCGACGUGGCACAGCAAGUCACAGAGAAGCAAUACCCACCGCACCAUCCGAGUCCUUACUCAUGCCAACAUUCACUCUCUUUCCCUCAGCACUCAUUGCCACAGGGGGUCAUGCACAGCAACAAGCCACAUCAGAGCCUCGAAGGCCCUCCGUGGCUUUUCCCUGGCCCUUUGCCAUCUGUUGCCUCCGAGGACUUAUUUUCUUUUCCUAUACAUGGCCACAGUGGUGGUUACCCUAGAAAAAAGAUUUCAAGUCUGAACCCUACUUAUAGCCAAUACUCUCAGAAAAGUAUCGAACAGUCGGAGGAUGCUCACAAGAAAGAGCACAAACCCAAAAAGCCCGGCAAAUACAUUUGCCCUUACUGCAGCAGGGCAUGUGCCAAACCAAGUGUACUGAAAAAACACAUCAGGUCCCAUACUGGUGAGCGGCCAUAUCCAUGUAUACCUUGUGGUUUCUCGUUCAAGACAAAGAGCAAUUUGUACAAGCACAGGAAGUCACAUGCCCAUGCAAUUAAGGCAGGAUUAGUCCCUUUCACAGAGUCAGCUGUAUCUAAAUUGGACCUAGAGGCUGGUUUUAUUGAUGUAGAAGCAGAAAUACAUUCAGACGGUGAGCAGAGUACAGACACGGAUGAGGAGAGCUCUUUGUUUGUUGAGGCUUCUGAGAAAAUGAGUCCUGGCCCACCAAUCCCGUUGGAUCUUGCCAGCAGAGGUGGCUAUCAUGGGUCACUGGAAGAAUCACUGGGAGGUCCAAUGAAAGUGCCGAUUUUGAUUAUCCCCAAAAGUGGGAUUCCUUUACCUAAUGAAAGCUCUCAGUAUAUAGGCUCUGAUAUGCUACCAAAUCUUUCUCUAAAUACUAAGCCUGAUGAUUCUCACACAGUGAAACAGAAACUUGCACUAAGACUGUCAGAGAAAAAAGGACAAGAUUCUGAGCCAUCUCUAAACCUUCUGAGCCCACACAGUAAAGGAAGCACUGACUCUGGUUACUUUUCUCGCUCAGAAAGUGCAGAGCAGCAGAUAAGCCCUCCAAACACAAAUGCAAAGUCUUAUGAAGAAAUCAUCUUUGGAAAAUACUGUCGGCUUAGUCCCAGAAAUACACUCAGUGUUACAACGGCAAGCCAGGAGCGUGCCACAAUGGGGAGGAAGGGCAUGAUGGAAUCAUUACCUCACGUAAACACCAGGUUAGAUGUCAAGAUGUUUGAAGAUCCUGUUUCACAGCUGAUCCCAAGCAAGGGAGAAAUCGACCCCAGUCAAACAAGCAUGCCGAAAUCCACGAAAUUCAACAGCGAAUCUAGACAAUCCCAGACUAUCCCAUCAUCUAUCAGGAAUGAAGGAAAGCUGUUCCCUGCAAAUUUCCAAGGCAGCAACCCAAUUCUCUUAGAAGCUCCUGUGGACUCUUCACCCCUCAUUAGAAGCAACUCGAUGCCAACUUCUUCGGCAACUCAUCUAAGUAUUCCUCCCUCUUUGAGAGGAAGUCACUCAUUUGAUGAAAGGAUGACUGGUUCCGAUGAUGUGUUCUAUCCAGGGACUGUAGGAAUACCCCCUCAGCGCAUGUUAAGAAGACAGGCUGCAUUUGAGCUGCCUUCAGUACAAGAGGGGCACAUGGAGGCAGAACACCAUGGCAGAACAUCAAAGAGUAUCACAGGCUUAUCCUUGAAGGAAAAGAAAUUGAUUUCUGGGGAUCGGAUGGGGUAUGACUAUGAUGUCUGCCGGAAACCCUAUAAGAAGUGGGAAGACUCUGAGACAUCAAAGCAAGGCUACAGGGACAUUUCCUGCUUAAGCUCUUUAAAACAUGGGGGUGAAUAUUUUAUGGAUCCCUCGGUGCCAUUGCAGGGAGUGCCAACCAUGUUUGGAACUACAUGUGAAAAUAGAAAACGCCGGAAAGAGAAGAGUGUAGGAGAUGAGGAAGACACCCCCAUGAUUUGUAGCAGCAUUGUGAGCACUCCCAUGGGCAUAAUGACCUCAGAUUAUGACCCCAAGUUGCAGAUGCAGGAAGGAGUAAGAGGGGGAUUUGCCAUGUCUGGACACGAGAACGCUUCUCAUGGUCACUCUGAGCGCUUUGACCCCUGUCGACCCCAACUCCAAUCUGGAAGCCCAUCUCUUGGGUCCGAGGAAUCACCCUUGGCCACUGAUUCAGACAAGAUGUCAGAUCUAGGGGGCAGGAAGCCUCCUGGAAAUGUGAUUUCUGUUAUUCAGCACACAAACUCGCUGAGCCGACCCAAUUCAUUUGAAAGGUCUGAGUCCUCCGAACUGGUGGCUAGCACACAAGAUAAAGCCUCUUCGCCUUCCGAGACCUGUGACAGUGAGAUUUCUGAAGCCCCGGUGAGUCCAGAGUGGGCUCCACCGGCAGACAGUGCCGAAAGUGGGGGGAAGCCCUCCCCUUCCCAGCAGGCUCAGCAGCAGUCCUACCACACACAGCCCAGGCUGGUCCGCCAGCACAACAUUCAGGUUCCUGAGAUUCGAGUGACCGAGGAGCCUGAUAAACCAGAGAAGGAGAAAGACACCCAGAGUAAAGAACUGGAAAAGCCUGUGGAGGAAUUUCAGUGGCCCCAGAGAAGCGAGACCCUUUCCCAGCUCCCAGCUGAGAAGUUGCCACCCAAAAAGAAGCGUUUGCGCCUUGCAGAUAUGGAGCACUCUUCAGGGGAAUCCAGCUUCGAAUCCACAGGAACUGGCCUCUCCCGCAGCCCCAGUCAGGAAAGCAACUUGUCCCAUAGCUCCAGUUUUUCAAUGUCUUUCGAAAGAGAAGAAACCAUUAAGCUUGCCGCACCUCCUAAGCAAGAUGAGUUUGGGAAGCAUUCAGAGUUUUUGACUGUCCCUGCCGGUUCCUACUCAUUGUCUGUCCCGGGUCACCACCACCAAAAGGAGAUGCGGCGCUGCUCGUCCGAGCAGAUGCCUUGUCCUCACCCAACUGAGGUUCCAGAAAUCCGGAGCAAAUCCUUUGAUUAUGGGAAUCUGUCCCAUGCUCCGAUGGCAGGGGCAUCGGCCGCCACAUUAUCUCCCUCGCGGGAGAGGAAGAAAUGCUUUCUGGUGCGGCAGGCGUCCUUCAGCGGUUCUCCGGAGAUUGCCCAGGGUGAGGCUGGGGCAGAUCUGAGUGUGAAGCAGGAGCAGAUGGAGCACCUGCACGCUGGCCUCAGGGCCACGUGGCACCACGUCCCCACCUCUGUGCUGCCUCCUCUCCAGGCGGAGGACCCCGGGAAGCAGGUUGUGGGGCCUUGUGGCCAGCUGAGCUCCGGGCCACUCCACUUGGCCCAACAACAGAUCAUGCACAUGGACAGUCAGGAAUCUCUGAGAAAUCCCUUGAUACAACCAACAUCCUACAUUGCAAGCAAGCACUUGUCUGAGCAGCCGCACUUAUUUCCACAUCAAGAGACUAUUCCAUUUUCUCCAAUCCAGAAUGCCUUGUUUCAGUUUCAAUAUCCUACCGUCUGUAUGGUUCAUUUACCAGCUCAGCAGCCUCCCUGGUGGCAGGCCCAUUUCCCACAUCCCCUUGUGCAGCACCCUCAAAAGAGCUAUGGCAAGCCUUCUUUCCAGGCAGAAAUCCAUCCUAGCUAUCCCUUAGAGCAUGUUGCAGAGCACACUGGAAAGAAAUCUGCUGAUUAUGUGCACACAAAAGAGCAGACUUACCCAUGUUAUUCAGGAACAUCAGGGCUACACUCAAAGAACAUUCUUCCAAAGUUUCCAUCAGACCAGAGCACCAAGUCACCUGAUACUCCCUCCGAGCAGGUUCUGCAAGAAGAUUUUGCAUCAGCAAAUGCUGGGCCUUUACAGUCCUUACCAGGAACAGUGGUUCCUGUUAGGAUCCAGACCCACGUCCCAUCCUACGGGAGUGUCAUGUACACAAGCAUUUCUCAGAUACUUGGGCAGAACAGUCCUGCAAUUGUCAUAUGCAAAGUCGACGAGAAUACUACCCAAAGAACACUGGUGACCAAUGCGGCCAUGCAAGGGAUAGGAUUCAACAUUGCCCAGGUGUUGGGGCAGCAUGCAGGCUUAGAAAAAUACCCCAUCUGGAAAGUACCUCAGACCUUGCCCCUCGGCUUGGAAUCCUCAAUCCCCUUAUGUUUACCUUCCACCUCUGACAGCGUGGCCACCCUGGGAGGUAGCAAGCGUAUGCUUUCUCCAGCCAGCAGCUUAGAACUCUUCAUGGAAACAAAGCAGCAGAAAAGGGUCAAAGAAGAAAAGAUGUAUGGACAGAUCGUCGAGGAACUCAGUGCUGUGGAGCUAACCAGCUCAGACAUCAAGAAGGAUAUGACACGCCCACAGAAACCCCAACUGGUUCGACAAGGUUGUGCUUCUGAGCCAAAGGAUGGCUUGCAGUCGGGGUCAUCUUCCUUCUCCUCGCUGUCCCCUUCCUCAUCUCAAGACCAUCCAUCUGCCAGCAUGCCCUUGAGGGAGCCAUUCCUGCCCAACUCCAGGGCACCCUCUCUAGGCCAGAAGUCCAGUGGGCCUUCUGAAAGCAGAGAGUCUUCAGAUGAACUUGAUAUUGAUGAGACAGCAUCUGAUAUGAGCAUGAGCCCACAGAGCUCCUCGUUGCCUCCAGGAGACAGUCAGCUUGAAGAGCAAGGAAAGGGCCAGAAGCUGCCUGUUGGCAUGCUGGUGCACAUGGCCUCUGGCCCAAGCAGGAAAAUGGCAAACUCAACUCUUCUUUUCACGGAUGUGGCCGAUUUCCAGCAGAUUCUUCAGUUCCCUAGUCUGCGGACAACAACUACUGUGAGUUGGUGCUUCUUGAAUUAUACAAAACCCAAUUACGUGCAACAGGCCACCUUCAAAUCCUCGGUUUAUGCUUCAUGGUGCAUUAGUUCCUGUAACCCAAACCCAUCAGGAUUGAACACCAAGACCACUCUGGCUCUUUUGAGGUCCAAGCAAAAAAUCACUGCAGAGAUUUAUACUCUGGCUGCUAUGCACAGACCUGGAACUGGCAAGCUUACAUCAUCAAGUGCUUGGAAGCAGUUUGCUCAGAUGAAACCUGAUGCAUCCUUUUUAUUUGGCAGCAAACUAGAAAGAAAACUAGUUGGAAAUAUCUUAAAGGAAAGGGGGAAAGGAGAUAUUCAUGGAGAUAAAGAUAUUGGAUCCAAACAAACAGAGCCAAUCCGAAUUAAGAUCUUUGAAGGAGGGUAUAAGUCAAAUGAAGAUUAUGUAUAUGUCAGAGGACGUGGACGCGGAAAGUACAUUUGUGAAGAAUGUGGGAUUCGCUGUAAGAAGCCAAGCAUGCUCAAAAAGCAUAUCCGCACUCACACUGAUGUCCGGCCUUACGUGUGCAAGUUAUGUAACUUUGCCUUCAAAACGAAAGGAAACCUAACAAAGCAUAUGAAAUCUAAAGCACACAUGAAGAAAUGCUUGGAGUUGGGAGUUUCAAUGACAUCAGUGGAUGAUACGGAAACCGAAGAAGCAGAAACGAUGGAAGAUUUGCACAAAGCAGCUGAGAAGCAUAGCAUGUCCAGCAUUUCAACUGAUCAUCAGUUCUCAGAUGCCGAAGAAUCGGAUGGUGAGGACGGAGAUGAUAAUGAUGACGAUGAUGAAGAUGAUGAUGACUUUGAUGAUCAGGGAGAUCUGACACCAAAAACAAGAUCGAGAAGCACUAGUCCUCAGCCUCCUAGAUUCUCAUCCUUGCCUGUGAAUGUUGGCGCCGUGACCCAUGGGGUUCCUUCAGAUAGUUCCCUGGGGCAUUCUUCAUUGAUCAGCUAUUUGGUUACUUUGCCAAGUAUUCAGGUUACUCAGCUGAUGACACCAAGUGACUCAUGUGAAGAUACUCAGAUGACAGAAUACCAGAGGUUAUUCCAGAGCAAAAGUACAGACUCGGAACCGGACAAAGACAGGUUAGACAUACCAAGUUGUGUGGAUGAAGAGUACAUGCUGUCUUCGGAGCCCAGCUCCUCUCCGAGGGACUUCUCACCCUCAAGCCACCAUUCCUCACCAGGAUAUGACUCUUCACCCCGUCGAGAUAAUUCACCAAGGAGGUAUCUGAUACCCAAAGGAGAUUUAUCACCCAGAAGACAUUUAUCACCUAGGAGAGAUCUGUCACCCAUGAGACAUCUUUCACCAAGAAAGGAAGCUGCAUUGAGAAGAGAGAUGUCACAAAGAGAUGUUUCACCAAGAAGGCAUCUGUCCCCAAGGAGGCCAGUGUCACCUGGGAAAGAUAUCACGGCAAGAAGAGACCUCUCUCCCAGAAGAGAGAGAAGAUACAUGACCACCAUAAGAGCACCAUCUCCUAGAAGGGCUUUAUACCAUAACCCACCAUUGUCCAUGGGGCAGUAUUUGCAAGCAGAACCAAUUGUACUGGGGCCUCCUGUAAGUAUGAUUAGCUUUCCCUUUCUAAUGUAUAAACCAAAGCAUAUCGGAGCCUCUUGA